AUGGCCAGAGUGCUCAGCGACAAGCGGAAGAGGAAGUGUGAUGAGGGCGAUAGAAAGAAAGCAGCAACAGCGGCAUCAGCAUCAGGGCUGAGGAGGCGGGUCCGGGCCAGGAGAGAAGAUGAGAUCAGCUCCCCCUUUACAGAAACAUCGUCCGCGCGAGAACGGGCGCGACCUUUCCUCCUCGCCGUUGCCAGGAUGCCCAUCGACGUGCUGGACACAGCCUGGAGCGUCGGCAGGAACCGCCCUAUUAACGCAGCCCACGUCCAGGAGCUGUUACACGCAUUCAGGAGCGGCGGGCUGGAACGGCGGGCGCCGGAGAACCGGAUCACCGUCCUCUGCAGCGCCGAGGCAGUCAGCCUUAUGCAGCAGGACGGUGGCGGCAUAGAGGGGCGAGAGGAGGACGACGGAGAGGACGACAACGAUGAUAACGACAGUCCUUGCGAGCUCUCCUUUUUACGCUGGGCCGAAGUGAGCGGGGGCCAGGCCGAGGUCAUGGCCGGCCAGCACCGUAUCCAGGCGCUCCGCGAGUACGUCAAGGAGACGGGCGCACCAGGCUCCGACCUAUGGUGGGCGUGCGAGCUGUAUGACAAAGACCGCCUGCCGCGCGACCUGAACGUCAAGCUCCGCGUCAACAGGCGCGAUCCAAGCCUGCCCGACAAUCACGGGCAGAUCUGGACGCAGCUUGCGUCCAUCGCCUGCAUAGGAGGGCAGGCAGACGGACAGCUAGGCGGGGAGGACGCCGCCGUAGACCAGCACGUCGUCGAGGCACUCCGCCUCGGCGGCGAGAAGCAUUUCCCAACGCGGAGGCUCGUUACGUUGUGGAACCACCAGAGAUGGCGGCCUGUCACGACGCAGUGGUGCUGCACAAGGCUGGGGUUAGACACCUUCAAUAUUUCAUACUUUGAGUGGAUUGCUAGCCUCCGCAUCGACGAGUACUGGAUUGAUGCCCUUAACGAGGUUCUCAGCGUUUUAGCCGACCUACCCGCGGACGAGCAGGUCUACAUCACGCCCGCCGACUGGGACAGGCUCUCAACUUGCCAAGCCGCCCCCGAUAUUACGAGCGUAUUCUACACGUCCGGACAGCAGCAGGCGGGGCUUGAAGCACGUACACGGGUCGACGGGCGUAUCCUCCACUGCAAGAAGACGGAGAUCCAGAUAGCCGUCCGCGUGCUCUGCCACGUGAUCUGCUGGAUCAGUCCAGAGCAAGCUGCAGCUGUCGACAACGUCAGGCCUAAGGAUAGGAAUAAGCCCCUCCUCCGGGGAGCACCUGUCGAUAGCGCUAGACGACCCUCGCCUCCCAUAGGGGCUGGGCUCCCGGGGCCUUCCCCCGCGAUCGCAGCAGUACAGCUCCAGCGACGUAUUCUGGACUUCGUACGGGACAACCUAGCCGAGUUCCGGGCGCCGGAGCUGCUCCCACUCCUGGAUGAUGACGCGAUAGGCGAUGAGGAGCAGGACAGCGAAGACGGCUUAUACGGGCAGCGCUUCAAGCACGUGGCGUGGGCGCGUCUGCUGAAGAUGGUGCGUCAGUCAACCGACAGGGAGGGCCACACGCUACGCCCGUUGUGGACGACGGAGUGCGCAACAAGGAGGAGCGAGCGCCAGGCCAAGGCCUCUACCCUCGUGCAGGGGUUCUGCGCCAAUCUGUUCAAGCUCGCCGGCCAGCAGGACGUCGCAGCUAGACAAGCUACCAGCAGAAGGUGGAGGAGCUCGUAA